UGUGUGUGUGUGUGUGUGCAUGUGUUUGUGUAUGUGCAUAUUGAAGCGUGGCAUGAUGGGAAUUUUCCAACCAACAUUCCCUCCAAAUCUGCCUUAAAUCCCGCAUUCUUCCGAUGUGCCCGCACUCAGGCUGAGAUGUAUUUAGGCCGGGCCCCUCGCCCUAUGCAUCUAAUAGACCCCGGGUUUAUAGAGCAAGAAGUGCAAAAAGCCCCGUGACAGAGGCAACGCUCCCCACAUGUAUCUGAAGGCAGUGUGCAGCGACAUCCCCCUGCCAAGGCCCAGGAGCGGCCAGAGGCUCCAGCGCCGUCCAGCCCCCCACCCCCAGAGGCCGGGGGCUGACCCCAUGCCGGGCGGCCCUCCGAGGGGGGAGGCGGACGGACGAGCCUGGGGGCGGAGGACUGUGGAGGAGCUUGCUCCGGUGGGGGACGCUCUUCAGGAGGAGACCGCCCAGCCCAGCACUAUGGUCUACAGGAGAUGUGGCGCUAAAGUGAAACAGACUGCAGCUCUUGCAGACAGUUAGUGAGGGACGGUAGCCUGCACACACUCCGUUUCUUCUUCACCCAGACACACCACGCGUUGCUCCAAAGUCUCUCUAUCACUCUCUCUCUCUCUAUCACUCUCUCUGUCUCUCUCUCUCUCUCUCUCUCUCUCUCUCUCUCUCUCUCUCUCUCUCUCUCUCUCUCUCUCUCUCUGUCUCUCUCUCUCUCUCUCUCUUCCUCCACCUCCAUGUGCGUCGGUCCUCUCCCCCUCCACGGGAUGAGGUGCCAUGCACCCGCCUCUCCGCUCCUUCCUCGGCUCUCUCUCGCCUCGUGUUCUCCGCGGUCCCCUCGUCAUCCAGCCUCCGUCUGACGGGGCAUCCCUGAGUCGCCCCCUCCCUCCUCCCUCCGCCCACGGCCCCUCCAUGCCCUCCUCCAGGACUUUCCCCCCCAGUUUGAGGAAGCCGUAGUCGGGGUCGUUUCUGUGGAGAGCUGCCGCGACACCUGGUCCCGCUGAUGAGUGGAACCACCACCACCAGCACCACCAAGACCACCACCGUCUCCACCACCACCACCACCGCCUCGACCAACUCGACCACCACCACCACCGCGGCUGCUUCUGUUUCCCCUCCCUCUCCUCUUCUGGGAGGAUCGGGGUCUGCGUGGGACAUCUGCUGGCGGCACGCUUGCUCUCCUUGGAAGUUGCGGCAUCAGGAGGAUCAGGAGGAGGACAGAUGUCCAUCGUCAGGGGGCUGUUGGUCGGGGGAGCUGAAGUCUGAAGUCUGAAGAGUGCUCUCCACAAGCCAGUAAGAACACCUGCAUCGGGCCUGACGCCGGUAUCAGCUGCAUGUGGAUCUGAGCAGCAGAGUGGUGCUGAGGACCCUGACAGGGAGAGCAGUCCAUCUCUCCAUAACAGACACACUUUAAGACAGGUGGAAGCCCGUCGCUCUUCCUUCCCACAAGAGCUGCUCACUCCUGUUGACCCCGUAACCGAAGCACCACGGGUCCACCCUCUCAACUCACUCUGUGUGAGUGCCCCAGUGUGGGUGCCCCCCCUGUGAGGGUUCGUUUUUGUGUCCUACGACCUCUUUUCCCUUGGAGGAACACCGGGACACACUGCGAGAGCGGGUCAAACGUGGGCCUAGUGCGGUCGCAUUAAACGCCGUCCCACCAAACGGCUGUUUGAAACUCUGAUCGACGCUUUCACCGUGUGAAGAAACCAUCAAACCCACUGAGGGCAGCGACCGGGGAGCUCCGGUUUGUAGUUUUUCCCCCCUGCUCCCGCGGUCGCCACCGCCGCCGUCCCCGCAGCCAUGCAGGUGUCCUUCGCCUGCACCGACCACGGCCUGAAGGCCCCGCGCAACGGCGAGCACAGCAAGCAGAACGCCACCAGCCCCGGCACUACCAGCCACGCACGGGCGCGCUUCCGCACCGUGGCGCUGAUCGCCCGGAGCCUGGGCUCCUUCACGCACCGCUACCACCACAACCUGAAGGAGUCCACCACCAAGCAGACCGGCAUGAAGUACAGGAACCUGGGGAAAUCUGGCCUGCGUGUUUCCUGCCUGGGCCUGGGUAAGUACAGAUUAAACUGAGGGGGGAGAUUAAUCAUAUUUCUGGAGCAAAACCGAGUCAGUGAAUUUACUGAAAUCCAAACUGAGCAAACACACUCUCUGUCCCCUACAGAGAUCGUGAGGGCCAUGACGCAUGUAAUCAACCAGGGCAUGUCCAUGUACUGGGGCACAUCACGCUGGUCUGCCAUGGAAAUCAUGGAGGCGUACUCUGUUGCCCGGCAGUUCAACCUCAUCCCUCCAGUGUGUGAGCAGGCCGAGUAUCACUUCUUCCAGCGGGAAAAGGUGGAGACUCAGCUCCCAGAGCUCUAUCACAAGAUAGGUGUGGGUGUGGUCUCGUGGUCUCCAUUGGCCUGUGGGAUCAUCACAGGGAAGUAUGACAACGGCAUCCCAGAAACGUCCAGAGCCUCUAUGAAGCCAUACCAGUGGCUGCGUGAGAAGAUAACGAGCGAGGAUGGGAGGAAGCAGCAGGCCAAGCUGAAGGAGCUGACUCACAUCGCUGAGAAGCUCGGCUGCACCCUGCCACAGCUAGCCAUAGCCUGGUGUCUGAGAAAUGAGGGUGUGAGCUCAGUGCUGCUGGGCUCCUCCAACCCUGUCCAGCUAACAGAGAACCUGGGGGCCAUUCAGGUGAUUCCGAAGAUGACAACAGGAAUUGCCUCUGAAGUGGAUAAUUUACUUGGCAACCGUCCCCACAGUAAGAAGGAUUACAACCCUUAGGAUUCCUCUCCAGAACUGUUUCUGAAUAUAGCCAAUCAAAGCUCACCUCUCAUAGCCAUGGCACAUACAUAUGUGCACAUAUGUGUGUGUGUGUGUGUGUGUGUGUGUGUGUGUGUGUGUGUUUGUAUGUAUAUAUGGAUGUAUGCGUGUGUGUGUAUUUAUGUGUGAAUGUGUGUUUGUAUUUAUGUGUGUGAGUGUGUGUGUGUGUGGGUGUGUGUGUGUGUGUGUGUGUGUGUUUGGGUGCGUGUCUAUUUUACUGAAUGUAUGCGUGUGUUUGUGCGUGUAUGUGUGUCUGUGUGUAUGUCAGUGUGUGUUUGUGUGUGGGUGCGUGUGUAUGCAUGUGCCCGUGUAUGUGUGACUGUGCAGCGAAUAUUGUGCUUCACUAAUGUCACCCCCUCCAUAUUAACCAGUAACUAUUAUUGAUUAUUGUAAAUUGAACUCCUUGAUAAAGCAUGCAUGCUUUAGCUACACCAGCUGGCCAGUAGAUCCAGUUACUGCCAACUGGCCUGUACAUCUUAGUAAACUGACCUAAAAACUGCUUUAAAACAAAAAA